AUGAUCCCAGCAUGUUUCAGCCAGCCCAACACACCCACAAGCACCUCUCAAGUGCCCCAAAACCUCAUAACCUGCAUAUACCAAACUCACCUUUGCAACUCUCCUAUAUAUCUCACUCUCACCUGGUCCAAAACCCUCUUCUCUCACUCCCUCACCAUCCAUGCCUCUGACUCUUUCUCCCUCACUAUCUCCCUCAACCCGUCAACCUUCUCGUUCUUUCGAACCAGACCCGGUUCCAAAUCCAUCUCUCUAACCCACAGCCACCACAAAAGAAUCAAGCUUUACUGGGACUUCACCCGGGCUGACUUCACUCACAACUCCGCCGAGCCCGAGUCUUGCUUCUACAUCGCCAUUUCUUGCAAUGCAAGGCUUGAAUUUUUUCUGGGGGAUCUUUCAGACGAGUUGACUGGGCGAUCAGGGUUACUUCUGACUCACAAGCUCAGACAACCGGCUUUGCUGUCAAGGCGGGAACAUGUGUUCGGGCGGAGGAAUUACAUAUCCCGAGCUCAGUUCUUGGGGUCCAAACACGAAAUCGGAAUAGAGUGCAGUGAGGGAACACUUAGAGUAAAAGUAGAUGGAGUAACAAGCCUGGUUGUCAAAAGGUUGGCUUGGAAAUUCAGAGGCAAUGAGAAGAUUUUGAUUGGCGGAGUAGAAUUUGAAUUUUAUUGGGAUGUCUUCAAUUGGGUUAAUAAUCAUGGUGGCAGUAAUGGGAACGGUCAUGGUGUAUUUGUAUUUCAAGUUGGCGAUGGUGGAGUGUGGCCGGAAAUGGUAGGUCCUGAGAAGAAGUUGAUGAGGAAGAGCUUGUCAACGUCGGCUGCUUCAGCAUCAAUGUCAUCGGUGUCUCCAUCGCCAUCAUGCUCGAGCGUGCUGCAAUGGGCAGAUGAAAGUAGUGAUGGGGGUAGGAGUUCAUGUUCAUCAUCAACUAGGUCGUGUGGUAGUAAUGGGGGAUUUUCUCUGUUGUUGUAUGCUUGGAAGAGGGAUUGA